GGAUACACCGGCUAGCAGGUAGUAAAACGGAGACGGUCGACCCGGUCGUGCACACACUUGUUAGUUCGUUCCUCACGCGCGCGCGCGCGCUCGAAUAUCGUGACUCCUUUGUGCACGAACGAUAAAAAAAAAAACAAAAAAACCGUUCCUAACGAAACCGUUUAGCUUCCUCGACAACGAUGUGUUCAUCAUAGCGACGAAAACGACGAUAUCCUUCGGUUUUGCACCACGCAGUUCGCCCGCCGCCCGUUCCUGUUCCAACCGAGUUGUGCAUACAACAUUAUAGUACACGAGCGUGACACGCGAUCGAAUGGCGUCGAAACGGACCUAGCAGGUUAUUGGUGGGAAUAAUAUCGUACUAGCGAAAACAUGGGUACGAGGGUGGCGGCCGCGCAUUUCUCGGACAAGACGUUCGCCGGCGUGCCGCAACUGCUCGAGGAUCUGCAGAAAUUGGCGGACGACCACGAAUCGGCCGACAUCGUGUUCCUGAUCGGUCGCGAGGAAGUGCCCGUCUACGCCCAUCGUAUAAUACUGAUGACGAGAUGCAAAAGUUUUCAAUCAGUGAAGCGAAACGAGAUAUGUCGCAUACCCGGUUGUUCCGUGUCGCCGUCCGCACCAGGAACGCCGACGCCCGUCCGGUUACCGCAGUUCCAGGGCGAGACAUUCAAACAGUUCAUUAAUUACGUCUACACGGGAAAGAUCGUUCUUCAAGACAACGGAGUUUUCGAAAUGCUCACACUGGCACAGGAAUUGGGCGUAGACGAUUUGCAAAAUAGUUGUGAAGAACACGUAACCUCGACCAUGUCCGUGUUGAACGCCUGCACGUUUUUGGCCGCUGCCAUAGACAUCCAAGACAGGGCUUCCACAGGAGGCAAAGGCGCGAAGUCGUUCGUCGAUCGGUGCGUGUCGUUCAUUGGCGAAAACGCGGCGAAAUGUGUGAAGACCAAUUCGUUCCUAAACCUGCCUAAAGAAUCGCUGAUUAAACUUAUCUCGUCGGAUUGCUUGGCGCUCGAAGAAGAAGACGUGUGGAGGGCCGUGGUGAACUGGGCGAAAUUUCACGCGGGCGUGGUGCAACGGACAGCUCAUUGGACCGAAGAGGAGCGGGCCAGGGUAUGCCAACAUCUGUCCGGGGUCAUCAAUCACGUCCGACUGUUGCUGAUAGACUCCCAGGUGUUCGCCGAGGAAGUGGAACCGACCGGGGCCGUGCCCAUAGAGAUGUCCCUGGAGCGGUACCGUUACGCGGCGUUACCGAACAAGUUCAAAGAGAUGUCGGACGACCAGCGUCUGCAGCCGCGGGUCAUGUUGAAAUUCUUUUCCGGGUCGCACAUCUUAAGUCAGGACAAGACUCAUCUGCAGCGGGUGCUAAACCAGUGGUACGGCGGCGUGAAACAAUGCUGGAGGCUGGUAUAUAGGGCGUCCACCGACGGGUUUUCCGCUGAAUCGUUUCACAGACACUGCGACGGCAUAUCGCCCACCUACGUUUUAGUACUGGGCGUUAACGGCUGGCUGUGCGGAGGAUUCAGCGACGUGCCAUGGGGUAAGAGUCAUACUAAGGGUGCUUACAUGGUGUCCGACAAGAGCUUCCUAUUUUCGCUCAGUACCACUCAAGACACCCCACCGAUAAAAUACGAUAUUGUUAAAAAACCUUACGCUAUAUGUUACCAUCAAGAGACAGGACCGAUAUUCGGGGCCGGAGCCGACCUUCUGAUCGCCAACAAUUGCAACGCGAACAUGGACAGCUACAGCAACCUGCCACACUCGUACGACGGUGACAACGCGUCGUGCAACUCGCUGAUGGGCGACUACAACUUCACCGUGGCCGAUUACGAAGUGUUCACGCCGGUGUCCUCGUCGUCGUCGUCGUCGUCGUCACCGUCAUCAUCGUCGAAAUGACACGUGUGCAUUAACAAUGUUGGCUUGCGCCAAUUGUCAAAGCGAACUGAUCAAAAAUAUGAAAAUCUGUGUAAUAUAAAAUAUCACUAAUAAU